AUGGAGGUGGUGCAAGUACUUCAUAUGAACAAAGGAGAUGGUGAGACGAGUUAUGCCAGAAACUCCACUGUUCAGAGAAAAACACAAUCUAUCGUCAAACCAAUCAUUGAAAAAGCGGUGCUAGAACUCUUGGAAUCCAACAUCAUGGGAAUAGAGAGCAUGGGAAUAGCAGAUCUGGGUUGCUCCUCUGGACCCAACACAUUACUACUCAUCUCGCAUAUCCUGGAUAUGAUACAUGCUAAACCUAGCAGAGUUACAGAGCUAAGAGUGUUUCUGAAUGACCUCUUUAGCAACGAUUUCAAUUCCAUUUUUAUGUCACUCCCAUCAUUCUACAACAAACUGAAACGAGACCAUGAUAAAGGUCGCGAUCCCGAUCAGCAUGUCAUGCAUCCCUUUGUUUCUGCCGUGCCCGGUUCAUUUUACGGUCCAUUGUUUCCCAGAAAGAGCCUGCACUUUGUUCACUCUUCUUUUAGGCUUCACUGGCUCUCUCGGGUCCCUGAUGACCUAAACAACAAAGGAAAUAUAUGUAUUUCUAAGAGCAGCCCGAAAUGCGUAUUAGAUGCACACUCCAUGCAGUUUCAGAAAGACUUUGCUGAUUUUCUGAGUUCUAGGGUACCAGAAAUGGUUGAAGGAGGACGAAUGGUACUGUGCUUCAUGGGCAGGCGAUCAUCCGACCUAACAGUUGAUGAUGAGGGCAAUCUCCACUCGUUAGAGCUCUUAGCCGACGCUUUGGCUGCCAUGGUUUCAAAAGGUCUUAUAGAAGAGGAGAAGGUGAAUUCCUUCAACGUUCCCUACUAUACGCCAUGUCCAGAGGAAUUGAAUUUGGUGUUAGAAAAACAAGGGUCUUUCAUCAAGGACCGUAUUGAAGCUUUCAGCAUGGACUGGGAAGCCAGCGCAGCUGAUCUGAAUCAGAACAUGAGAGCAGUUGGUGAUGAUCAAAAGAUAACUAAAAGUGGGCAACGAAUUUCCAAUAGCCUAAGAGUUGUGGCAGAGUCGAUGCUUGAAUCUCAUUUUGGAAAAGAGAUGGUGGAUGAAGUUUUUCAAAAACAUGCAGAGCUCGUAAGCAAGUGCUUAUCAAGUAGAACUACUAGACCGAAAUAUAUCAUUUUCGUCAUUUCACUUGUAAAAAUAGGGAACUGA